CAGGUCGUCCUCGCGCCCGCAGGCCAGAGCCCAGAGACGGAGCCAAGGCCAGCGCCGUCGGGGUUCCGGGGACGCCGCCGCGGGGGUGCGGUCCGGGCGUGGCGGGGCCAUGGAGCUCUGGCCGUGGCUGACCGCCGCGCUGCUGCUGCUCCUGCUGCUCGUGCAGCUGAGCCGCUCCGCCAGGUUCUGCGCCAAGAUCACGCUGUACUGCGCGCUCUGCCUCUCGGCCUCCACGGUGGCCGCGGUCAUCUGCCUGCUGCGCCACCACGGCCGGACAGUGGAGAACAUGAGGAUCAUCAAAUGGUUUGUCUCAAAGUUUAAGUACAUAUUCGGCCUUCGUUUUGAGACAAAGGGUCUCCAGAAGCUGGAGGUGGACCACCCCUGUGUCAUCAUUUCUAACCACCAGAGCAUCCUGGACAUGAUGGGCCUGAUGGAGGCCCUACCUGAGCGCUGCGUGCAGAUUGCCAAGCGGGAGCUGAUCUUCUUGGGACCCGUGGGCCUGAUCAUGUACCUUGGGGGCAUCUUCUUCAUCAACCGGCAGCACUCCAGGACCGCCAUGACCGUGAUGGCCGAUGUGGGCGAGCGCAUGGUCAGGGAGAACCUCAAAGUGUGGAUCUACCCUGAGGGCACGCGGAACGACAAUGGAGACCUGCUACCUUUCAAGAAAGGCGCCUUCUACCUGGCGAUCCAGACCCAGGUGCCUGUCAUCCCCGUGAUAUACUCCAGCUUCUCCUCCUUCUACAGCCCCAAGACGAAGCUCUUCAGCUCAGGAACGAUCAAGGUGGAGGUGCUGGAUGCCAUCCCCACCCGUGGUCUCACUGUUGCUGAUGUCCCCAAGCUGAUGGAUACCUGCUACCAGGCCAUGAGGACCACCUUCCUCCGCAUAUCCAAGACACCCCAGGAGGACAGGGCGACUGCAGGACCUGGUUGCCAGCCAGCCCAGUAG